GCACUGUGGAAAGGAAGGUUGAUCCAUAGCAGCAGCUGUGCCUAAAUCUACACACAGCAUUGCCCACUUCCCUCUGCCCACAGCUCCCUGCCCACGACACACACGGCCUGAAACAGUGGAUCAUCUUUACUGACACUGCAAGUCGGGGAACCCAGCUGCACCCACCAGGAAAUGCUGCUCCCUCGCUCUUGGAUACAUUUUUAACAAAGACAUAAGGGGACGUUCCUAGAGCCUGGAGCCUGUUUAACCACUGAAAUGCUCCAAGAGAAGAGCUUGUCAGAAAGUGAGGACGGGUUUCCAACAACCCAAACAGCUGGACAUGCAGAGGCUGCUGCAGGAUCACCAACACUGGGAGUAGCAGGUCUGAGCACCUCUUUGAGCAGCCCACAAAGCCAGGAUCCAGAGCAGACAAUAGAGAACAUCAAGGUGUAUCUACAUGAGAAGGAGCUUUGGAAGAAAUUUCAUGAAGCAGGCACUGAGAUGAUAAUAACUAAGGCUGGCAGGCGAAUGUUUCCAAGCUACAAAGUUAAAGUGACUGGAAUGAACCCUAAGACAAAAUAUAUCCUCCUCAUAGAUAUUGUUCCAGCUGAUGAUCAUCGUUACAAAUUUUGUGACAACAAAUGGAUGGUGGCUGGCAAAGCUGAACCCGCUAUGCCUGGUCGUUUAUAUGUACAUCCAGAUUCCCCUGCAACUGGAGCACACUGGAUGCGGCAACUGGUCUCAUUUCAGAAACUAAAGUUGACAAACAAUCACCUUGAUCCUUUUGGACAUAUUAUUUUGAAUUCUAUGCACAAAUAUCAACCAAGGUUACAUAUUGUUAAAGCGGAUGAAAAUAAUGCCUUUGGUUCCAAGAACACAGCUUUCUGUACACAUGUAUUUUCAGAGACAUCAUUCAUAUCCGUGACCUCUUACCAGAAUCACAAGAUAACACAACUGAAAAUUGAAAAUAAUCCCUUUGCAAAAGGCUUUAGAGGGAGUGAUGACAGUGACCUCCGUGUGGCACGUCUGCAAAGCAAAGAAUAUCCUGUCAUUUCUAAAAGCAUCAUGAGGCAAAGGCUGAUAUCAGGCCACCCAGGACAGUUAUCAGGCAAAUCAGAUCUUAACCCACUUCAUGGAAGUCACCAGGGCCUGCAGCAUUAUCAGUAUGAGAAUGGAGCGCACAUGCCAUUUGCCCCAACUGAUGCCCAGGACUUGCCACUCAAUACCUUCACUGCACAAAGGGACUCUGGCUUGUUUUAUCACUGUUUAAAAAGAAGAGAAGGGGCUCGCCAUCUUGACCUACCUUGCAAGAGAUCUUAUCUGGAUCCCUCAUCAUCUAUGGCAGAUGAUCACUAUUUCCGAUCUCCUCCCCCAUAUGACCAGCAAAUGUUGAGCCCAUCAUACCGCAAUGAAGUUACACCAAGGGAACCAUGUAUGUACUCUACUUCAGGAGCUGAAAUAGCUGGUGUAUCAGGAGUAGAAGAUUUACCUCCUCCUCCUCCACCUUUAAGCUGUAACAUGUGGACUUCUGUUUCACCGUACACUAGCUACAGUGUUCAGACAAUGGAAACUGUGCCAUAUCAACCUUUCCCUACUCAUUUUACCACCACAGCGAUGAUGCCUCGUCUGCCUGCCAUUGCAGGGCAAGGUUCUCAGCCUCCUGGAGAAUCCCACUUCAGUGUCUACAAUCAGCUUUCUCAGUCGCAGGCUCGGGAGAGAGUCCCUUCGUCAUUUCCCAGAGAAAGGGUACAUCCAUCCCUCUGUGAACGAAAACCCCCAUCCCCUCAUAUCAACACAGCCAAUGAAUUUCUGUAUUCGCAAGGCUUUUCUUUAUCCAGAGAAUCCUCCCUACAAUAUCAUUCAGGUAUGGGGACUGUUGAAAACUGGACUGAUGGAUGACUGCUGCUACCAUGGACGCCACAUAUGAAUUAUUCUUCUAUGACCCAAACAAUCUGAUUUCUCUCCUUAUUACCUGUUGGUAUCCUGCACUCCAGAAAGUCUUUUUAUCUGAGAUUGCUUGAUAUAGAGGAUAUAGAGAAAAUAUCACUAUAGACGUUAAAGCCAACCUAUACAGAUGUCCUGUGUCUUCUAUAUUUCGAAUACUGGGAAAACUGAACCAAUGGAAAAGUAGAACAUGCAUCAAACUAUUUCUCAAAUGAAAUACAAAAAAAAGUGAAAAAUCACUACAUUUUUGCAUGCUGAAUAGCUAUUUAUACAUAUGUAUGUAUAUAUAUAUAUAUAAAUAUAUAUAUCUAUCCAAAUGCAAGCCACAUUUUCAAUGAAGCUUUGCUUUAAACAGAUGAAAUGCUUAAUAAAAUCAAAUGUUACCAGG